AUGGCCAAACCUGAGGCCAUGGAGGACGUGCAAAUGGGCACGACGGCACUCACCCUGGAUAUUGAGAGUCUCAAGCGCAAGAAAUUCAAGGCCGAUGAUCUUCCCUUGUCUGGAUCACAACAUGCGGCUAUCGAUAAACUCCUGCACUCAUUCAAAAAGAAAGGUGGAUUUGACAGCAUUCGCAAGAAGAUCUGGGCGGAGUUCAAUGAUGGGGAGUUCAAAACCAAAUUCACCGACGAAUUACUCGCGUUAGCUGAAUCCGAAAUUGAAAGAGAACCCGCCCAUCUCUCCCGUGAACGCCGCAAAGCUGCUACUUUAAUUGAAGGUGCGGUUGACCGUAGCGAUGUCUACAAGAACGUCGAGCUAUCAAUCGACAAGUUGACCUCUGCGCAUUUGGAAUCGGUUCUUGGUUCCGUACGGGAUAUUCGAUGUCAAGAUAUCGGCAAUGAAGCGGCUUCUAAAGAAGAACAAGCCGGGAACAAAACUGACGCUGAAUAUGAGGGUUACGUGAAGUCUAAGCGGGACGAGCGGGAAAAAGUCUGGCGCGAAGAAAUGCGCAAGCAAAAGGAAAUUGACGAUGAACAAAAACGCAUCCGCGACGAAGAGCGACGUAAAAAACGCGAACUCGAACGAAAGAAGGAGGAUGAAGACAGAGCUCGGAGAAGAGAACUGGACGAUCAACGACGAGCAGAGCGUGAGCGUCUGCGCAAGGAGCAGCGGGCUCUUGAUGACCAGCGAGAACGUGAGCGGGACGAAAGAUAUGAACGGCGCAGACAAGAAGAGCGUGACCGAUACCGGGACCGUGAUCGCAGCCGAACUAGAGACAGAGACCGUGAUCGUGAUCGUGACCGCUAUCGUGAACGUGAACGUGAACGCUCUCCUGCAUAUCGCUCUGAUCGUCCUUUAUCACCACGCAGUCGGGAUCCAAAAAGAGAGAAGUCAGCCAUAUCCAAAGACCCCACGCCGGCACCUGCUCCUGUGGACGAGAAGUCACUUGAAGAGGCAGCUUUGCAAAUGCUGCUGAAAGAAGGCGAGGAGCUCGCAGCCAAGGCACGACAGAAGCCCGAGUUUGAUUUUGAAGAGGCUGAGGCUAUCGAGAAUGGGCUCAAGCCACCGGCUUCGACUUCAGGUCAAACAAAAGGUGCCACUGAAUCGAGGUUAUCAAACGUAUCAACCCGAGCAGCAAGUCCAUCUCGCGAUUCCAGACCUCCAUCAGACUGGAAAGACCGGCCACGAGUUAAUGCGCGGGGCCGAAGUCGAAGUCGAAGCCCUGAUCGCCGACGACGUGGUUCUCGCUAUAGCCCUGAUCGCCGUCGCGAGCGGUCUAGAGAUCUUUCCGUGAGAUCUCACAAUCGUGACCGUGAAAUGGACGAGCGACGUGGCUACCGUGAUUUCCGAGAUGAAAGAAGUUACCGGCCACCUCGUCGCAGUCGUAGUCGUUCAGUCGGGCGAGACCGUGACAGAGACAGAGACAGAGCUCGACCACGAUCCAGAACCCCUCCCCGACCACGAUCCAGAUCCCGCGAUAGAGAUGACCGACGUCGCCCUGACCGUAGUCGGGAUAGAAGUAGAGAUCGCGAGCGUGGGCGUGAUCACGAUGAAUACCGUCCUCGCCGCAGGUCUCCUUCACGUCAACGUUCACGCUCUCGAUCUCGUAAACGUGCCAGAGAACAGCGUUCUCGCUCUCGCUCUGCGGUCCGACGGAGAUCACGCUCUCGUCGUGCUUCUCCACCACGAGCCCGGCGAGCUUCACCCGGCUCUCUCGAUAUCGACCGUUAUGUACCGGCUACCAGCAAUCGCAGCAAAUCACCUCGUCGCAGAGUGCGGUCCCCUGAACGUGACCGUGAUCGAGGAGAUCGAGAUCGUGACCGCGACCGUGACCGUGACCGGGAGCCAAGAACUCGGCCUGGAGAAAUCGAUCGAUACAUGCCAGGUUCAGAGCGCGAUAAACCAAAAGAAAAAGAGAAGGAGACAGAGCCUACAGCAGACUUGACCAAGGAAAAAUCAGUCAAGGAAAAACCGGCCAAGGAAACAGAGGAUCGUCCUGCCCGUGAGGAUCGUCCUGUCCGUCGACGUAGUCGCAGUCGAAGAAGAAGCCCUAGCCGGAGAAGAAGUCCUAGUCGGAGACGAAGCCCUAGUCGACGUCGAAAUCGCAGCCGACGACGAAGCCGGGACUAG